AGGAAACCCUAGCGGCGGAGAUGACGAAUAAUCCUAUAGCCCCACCACCUCCUGCGAAGAAAAGGAAGACGUCGUUGUCAUCAAUUCCAGAUGAUGUCAUUGUGAACGUCUUAGCUCGGAUCUCGAUAUCUCAGUACCGUUCCCUCUGCUUAGUCUCCAAAAACUUCUACUCUCUUCUAUCUUCUCCAGAUAUCUACUUUGCUCGAUCCCUAAUCGGUAUCACAGACGCUCGCCUCUACGUGUGCCUACGGCUACCCACUCCCUCCUCCAGUCAUCGUCACAGAUGGUUCAAUCUCGGCUACCGUCAGGGUCAGUUAAGUUUAGUACCGGUAAGAACACUCUCUUCCUCACCCGACCGGUUAAACUCAACCUCUGUCGCCGUCCAUUCCGAAAUCUACCAGAUAGGAGGAGGAAGCAACGAGGACAAGCGGACCAGAGCCGUUAGAGUUCUUGAUUGUCGGAGUCGUACGUGGCGCCCUGCUCCCGACAUGAAGGUGGCAAGGAAACACGCUAGGUCUUAUUUUUUAGAUGACAAGAUAUAUGUAAUAGGAGGAUGCAAGGAAAAUUGGGGUGAGGUUUUCGACCUAAAGACUCAGAAUUGGAAGCCAUUGCCUAAGCCUCCUAGUGAUCAUGAUCACAAAGGUGUGGUUUAUGGAGGAAGGCUAUACGCUUUCACCAUGAACAAGAACAAGAACUACGCAUAUGAUCCGAAAGAAGAAAGAUGGGUACAAGAGGCGGGGUUUGUGGGUCUAGGACGUAUAACCGGACCUUUGUGCGUUAUAGGAAAUGAGAUUUUUGCUGAACAUGACCGUAAGUACACGUGGUAUAACCCAACGAAUGGAAAGCAGCAGGUAAUAGAUGGUUUGAAUGAUGUGUACAAGAAACGUGCUAAUAAUUACAGAACCAUUCAAUUAGUUAACCAUGGUGGGAAACUGGUAAUUCUAUGGAAUGAGACUCGCAGGAAACGCAAGCGUCUUUGGUGUGCGGUGGUUAGCUUGGAGGAGCGUUCGACUCCAUUGGGAACUCGUAUGCGGGGGAAGGUCGAACGAUGCGAUCUUCUUUUGGAUUCAGCCCACAAGUCAUAUAUGCUCUCAAGCUGCCUAUCGGUUUUGCUCUGAAACUCAGAAGGGGAGAGGGAUAAAAUCAUCAUCAUGUGGGUAUAGGU